AUGUACGAAGGGAUGAUUGCGGAAACUACCACGGUCCAGGGCCCCAAUGGGGACUCCAUUGGCGCCUACAUUGCCAAGCCCCUGGGCUCCGGCCCCUUCCCCGGUAUGGUGUUGAUUCACCACGCGCCGGGUUGGGACGAGUGGUACCGCGAGGCAGCCCGCCGCUUUGCUCACCACGGCUACGUAACCAUUUCCCCCAACCUCUACCACCGGAACGGCCACGGCGACCCCAGCGAGGUCGGCGCCAGGGUGCGGGAGUCAGGCGGCAUAUCCGAUGCGCAGGCUUUGGGAGACAUAGAAGGCGCGCUGCGCUUCCUGCAGACCCUCCCUAACCUCAACGGCAAGGUCGGCGUAUUCGGCACCUGCUCCGGCGGCAGGCUCACCUUCCUCUCCGGUUGCCGCAUCCAGGGCUUUGAUGCCGCGGUGGAGUGCUGGGGUGGACGGGUGGUUGCUUCCGGCGACGAACUGACCGCAAACCAGCCCGCAGCCCCCAUAGACUUUACCGCCGACCUGUCCUGCCCCUUGCUGGGAUUAUUCGGCAACGAUGACCAGUCGCCCACGCCAGAGCAGGUGAACUUGCACGAGGAAGAGUUAAAGAAACACAACAAGUCCUACGAGUUCCACCGCUACGAUGGCGCCGGCCACGGUUUCUUCUACUACGACCGCGCCAUGUACCGGCAGGAGCAGGCCGUGGACGGCUGGAACAACAUCUGGGCAUUCCUGGGGAAGAACCUGGCUUAG